AUCUUUGUUUUGGUUUCACUUUUAGGAAAUUUACCACCGGAAAAUCGCAAUUUUUUGCGAUUCCCUUAAUUAAUUGUAGUACUUUAUAAAUUAUUGUGCAAUGUUGUGACAGAAACAACAAAAAUGAGGGAACAUCUUUACGCGCUCGGGGUUUCUUGUAUAGAGUUCAUUCAGUAUUGGUUCACGGAUUGGGCGCCAUAUUUCGAGCAAAUAAACAAUUUCUACAACCCCAACAAUGUCCUGGACAUACUCUUUCCGGUUGUGUCGUUUGUCGACUCUGUGUUUGCAUCACAACUGCUGUUGGUCACUUCCUUCGGUGGCUGGCUCAACUGUGUUAUGAAAUGGUGGCUCUUAGAAGACCGUCCAUACUGGUGGGUUCGUGAAACAGACUACUACAAUGGAACCAUCCAACCGAAGUUGAUGCAAACCAUCCAAACAUGUGAGACGGGGCCGGGCAGUCCAUCGGGUCAUACAUCCAUGGCAGCAUCCGUUCUUGUUUUAGCUGUUAUGUGGAUGUCGCAUAUAUUUAAUGAUAGAAAAUGGGACACUUCCCUCUGGAAGUGGGCGAUAUACCCUAUAUUCGCGACCCAGCUGCUCAGCGUGAUGCUGGCGCGCACGUACAUCGCGACGCACUUCCCGCACCAGUGUCUGCUCGGCGCGCUGGUCGGUGCAUUUAUAGCGCCGGCGCUUUGUAUAUACGUGUCAGACCCGUACAUAUGGCAGUACGGCCCGUACGUGCAAUACACGACGGGACGUGCCAUAAAGUGGCACGUGUUCUGCUCGCUCGUGGCCAUCGCGAUCAGUGUCGUCACGUAUUACAGUUUGGUGUUGUGCCACGUUGAUCCGCAUUACACUGUCAAAUUGGCGUUCAAGUGGUGCGAGCAGCCGGAGCGCAUCCACGUGUCGACGACGCCGCUGUUCGCGCUGGCGCAGUGCGGCGCCGCGCUGCUCGGCUGGGCGCUGGCCGUCACGCCCAGUGUUGCCAGAUUCCGCCACGACACGUACAAGAGAUCAUUUAUAAUAUCAGCUUUUACUACCAUAGUUAUAACGUAUUCAUUCCAUUACAUUGAGGGGGGGAUACCCAGAGAUAGUGUGUUUAAAUUCUACGUUCUACACUUUCUGCUGAACGCAACUAAACCAUUGUUUUACCUCCGUUUAGUGCCCGAGUUAUCCAUGUGGCCGUUUAGUGGGGAGAAAUAGAUUUGCGAUUCGCUUCGCCACGCCUUCGCUUCGCGUUUCUAUCCCAUAAUUGACAUACAACAUGUUACAUCAAGCGACGACAUCUCCUAGUCUAUUGAAAAUGACAUGUAUCACAUAACAUCAGGCGACGCGUCUCCUAUUAUAAUUUCAAAAAGAAGAU